ACUAGUACUGUUUUGGUUGAUGAAGUAGAAGGAAGGAAAAUUAUAAGUCAGUCUAAAUUAUUGAGUAUUUCAAAAAAUAGUAAAACCAAAAAAAAAAGAAAACUUUUCAAGAAAAUGCGAGAAAUAGUAGUGUUUCACCUGGGCCAGUGUGGCAAUCGAGUAGCGGAAAAUUUCUGGGAAUACAUUUGCGACGAACACUGUUUAAAUACGGAAGGUCAGUUUGAAGGGCAGCACUAUCUACCAUUGCAGCGUAUCAACGUGUAUUUUGAUGAGUCACCGUGCUGCAACUUCGUCCCACGGUCGAUCUUUGCUGAUCUGGAACCGAGCACAUUGAAUUAUCUUCGCUGCAGUCGCUAUGGUUCCUUGUUCUCCCCGGAAAGCUUCAUCUCUGGGAAAACGAGCGCGGGCAACAAUUGGGCCCGUGGUUAUCACACUGAAGGGGCUGAACUGCUGGACCAGAUUGAGGACUGCACCCGCCGAAUGGUGGAAGGGUGUGACUGUCUGCAAGGUUUCCAACUGGUGCACUCGAUCGGUGGCGGUACCGGCUCUGGACUGGGAACGCUACUGCUGGAAAACUUGAAGGAUCACUUUCCGGGGAAGAUCACGAACACGUUCAGCGUUAUUCCUUCGCCGAAAGUAUCGGAGGUCGUGGUGGAACCGUACAAUGCUGUAUUUGCACUCAGCUCUAUGAUACGUUCGAGCGAUGAGACGUUCUGCUUGGAUAAUGAGGCACUGUACGAUAUCUGUGUGAACACGCUGCGUCUGCCGGUGCCGGAUCUGGACGACUUGAAUCAUCUGAUUGCAUCGGCUAUGGCCGGUAUCACCUGUAGCUUUCGAUACCCGGGCCAGCUCAACUCCGACCUGCGGAAGCUGUUGACAAACAUGGUGCCCUAUCGAAGGUUACAUUUCUUCGUGCCCGGUCUUGCUCCGCUUUGUGCUCGCGACUCUGAAUGCUACCGACAGACGACGGUGCCGGAGCUGGUGUACCAGCUGUUCAGUACUAACAAUCUGAUGGCAGCGUGCGACCCUCAGCUUGGGACGUUUUUAACCGCAGCAGCCAUCUUUCGGGGCCGAUUGUCAACGCGCACGGUGGAGGAGCAUAUGGGCAGUGUGCGUUUGAAGAACGAACUCUCAUUCAGCAACUUCAUACCGAACAAUGUCAAGUCGGCCAUUUGUGAUGUGCCUCCGCGUGGCAUGAAAAUGGCCGCCACUUUUAUUGCCAACACGACGUCCAUCACGCAACUGUUCCGACGCAUAACGGGUCAGUUCGGGACGAUGUUUCGACAGCGCGCCUUUCUGCACUGGUACACCGGUGAGGGUAUGGAUGAGGCUGAGUUUACCGAGAUGGAGAAAGGACUGGCUGACCUGGUGGAGGAGUACGACAGCUACAAAGAGGAAGGCAGGACCAAGGAUGAUGUUGAAGAUGAUGAUGAAGAAUAGAGAGGGGAGGCUAUCAUCCGCCUUCAAGUAAUUAGGAAACUAUUACUACAAUAAAUAUUAUGCAACUACAAAAUCAA